AUGCCCAACUUCCGUCCUAGCAAUAUCUUGGGCGAUCCGUUCGCCUUGGCGACUCUUUCCAUCUCCAUCCUCGCAUGGUUGAUCGCUUUUAUCUCGUCAAUUAUCUCCGAAACUCAGCCCAAGAAUGAUUACCCCAACUAUGACUGGUGGGCUACUUGUUAUAUGUUCUGUUUGAUUAUUGGCUUGGUCCUUACCUUUGCUACCGAUACCUGCAAUGUUUACGGCGUCGCGAUUGUUGGAUACCUCGCCUGUGGCUUGGUUCUAUGCUCGACUAGCGCAAACAACUUGAUCUACAGCCAUGUGGGCGCCGAGCAGGCCGCUGGUGCAGGAUUCAUCCUGCUUUCCAUGGUUAUUAUUAUCUGGAUCUUCUAUUUCGGGUCUUCCCCUCAAGCGACCCACCGCGGAUUCAUUGACUCGUUCGCCCUGAACAAGGAGCAACCCGAUCCCAACUCAUACCGCGGCAGCCGACCUAUGUCCAGCGCAUUCGGUGCUCGUCCCGAAACCAUGGCUACCGGCACCACUCCACAGAUGUAUACAUCCGCCCAACUGAGCGGAUUCGAGACCUCAUCUCCCGUCUCCGGAUUCCCAGGCGGAGCCCCCGGUGCCGAGCGCAACUCCUCCGUAGCACGUUUUGGAGCUACCAGCACCAGUCCCGGCCCUGGCCCUGUUCUCGGCAACCAGAACAACGGCCCCAACCAGGAACCCAGUGAGGUGCCGCAGCCUACGGAAUACCCCUAUCGUGCUAAGGCGAUCUACUCAUAUGACGCCAACCCCGAAGAUGCCAACGAAAUCAGCUUCGCCAAGCACGAGAUUCUGGAAGUAUCCGAUGUCAGUGGACGAUGGUGGCAGGCCCGGAAAUCAACCGGAGAUACUGGCAUUGCGCCUUCAAACUACCUCAUCCUCUUGUGA